AUCAUCACUCUUUCCUUCUUCCUUCUUUUGUUUCCUCCACCACUUUCUCUCCUAUCAAAGACAAACCUUUAUCUCCUCCUCCUCCUCCUAUGGCUGCGUGCAUCGACACCUGCCGUACUGGUAAACCCCAGAUUUCUCCUCGCGAUUCUUCUAAAAACCACGAUGAUGAAUCUGGCUUCCGUUACAUGAAUUACUUCCGUUACCCUGAUCGAGCUUCCUUCAAUGGAACCCAGACGAAAACCCUCCAUACUCGUCCUUUGGUUGAAGAUCUCGAUCGUGACGCUGAAAUCGAUGAUGUUUGGGCCAAAAUCCGAGAAGAAGCUAAAUCUGAUAUCGCCAAAGAACCUAUUGUUUCCGGCUAUUAUCACGCUUCGAUUGUGUCACAGAGAUCGUUGGAAGCUGCGUUGGCCAAUACUUUAUCUGUUAAACUCAGCAAUUUGAAUCUUCCAAGCAACACGCUUUUCGAUUUGUUCUCCGGUGUUCUUCAAGAGAACCCAGAAAUUGUUGAAUCUGUGAAGCAAGAUCUGUUAGCUGUUAAGGAAAGAGAUCCAGCUUGUAUAAGCUACGUUCAUUGUUUCCUUCACUUUAAAGGCUUCCUCGCUUGUCAAGCGCAUCGUAUUGCUCAUGAGCUUUGGACGCAGGACCGAAAAAUCCUAGCUUUGUUGAUUCAGAACAGAGUAUCUGAAGCCUUCGCUGUUGAUUUCCACCCUGGAGCUAAAAUCGGGACCGGGAUUUUGCUAGACCACGCUACGGCUAUCGUGAUCGGCGAGACGGCGGUUGUGGGGAACAAUGUUUCGAUUCUCCAUAACGUUACGCUUGGAGGAACGGGGAAACAGUGUGGAGAUAGGCACCCGAAGAUUGGCGAUGGGGUUUUGAUUGGAGCUGGGACUUGUAUUUUGGGGAAUAUUACGAUUGGUGAAGGAGCUAAGAUUGGUGCUGGCUCGGUGGUGCUGAAGGACGUGCCACCGCGUACGACGGCUGUUGGAAAUCCGGCGAGAUUGCUUGGUGGUAAAGAUAAUCCGAAAACGCACGACAAGAUUCCUGGUUUGACUAUGGACCAGACAUCGCAUAUAUCCGAGUGUUGCUUCCACCUGCAUACAAAUGGUUGGGAUGGCAGCGAUCUAAUGAGUCUCUUAGAUCUUCUAUUUACAGCCCUUUCUUGGGGUGCCAUCACUUUCUACCUGCGUAGUUUAUCCACCGAUUCUCAUGAUCAAAAGUUUCCUUUCUUGCUUAGAGUCUGGUGGGUUUUGUAUUUUAUGUUUUCUUGCUACCGUCUUUUGGUAGACAUUUCUCUAUACAAGAAGCAAGAACUGGUGUCAGUUCACCUUUUAUUGUCUGAUGUAGUGGCCGUUAGCGUGGGGUUGUUUCUCUGCUAUUCAUGUUUGCAUAAGCAAGGAGAAGGUGAAAGGAUCAACUUACUCGAAGAACCCCUCUUGAAUGGAGCUGAAUCUGGUGCGGCUACUAGUGUGCAGUUGGAUAAGGACGAAGAGGAUGAUGAGGUUGUUACACCUUUUUCGAACGCUGGGUUUCUAAGCCAUGUGAGUUUCUCUUGGAUGAGUCCUUUGAUUGUCUUAGGAAACGAGAAAAUCAUAGACAGCGAGGAUGUUCCUCAAGUUGACAGUAGUGACAGAGCUGAGAAACUAUUUUGGAUAUUUAGGAGUAAGCUGGAAUGGGACGAUGGUGAAAGAAGGAUCACCACGUUUAAGCUUAUUAAGGCACUCUUCUUUUCAGUGUGGCGAGAUAUUCUGUUGUCAACUCUGUUUGCUUUUGUCUACACGUUGUCUUGCUAUGUUGCACCGUACCUCAUGGAUACUUUCGUUCAGUACCUGAACGGUCAACGACAAUAUACAAACGAAGGGUUUGUUCUAGUGACAACUUUUUUCGUUGCUAAGCUUGUAGAAUGCCAAGCGCGGAGGAAUUGGUACUUCAGGUUGCAGAAAGCUGGGAUUGGAAUGAGAUCGGUCCUGGUUUCGAUGAUCUACGAAAAGGGCUUGACCCUUCCCUGUUAUUCAAAGCAAGGACACACUAGUGGUGAGAUCAUAAAUCUCAUGACAGUGGAUGCUGAGAGAAUCAGUGCUUUUAGUUGGUAUAUGCAUGAUCCAUGGAUACUUGUCUUACAAAUCAGUUUAGCUUUAUUGAUCUUGUACAGAAGCCUUGGGUUAGGAUCAAUUGCAGCUUUUGCUGCAACAUUUUUGGUUAUGCUUGGAAAUAUUCCCUUGGCAAAGUUGGAAGAGAAGUUUCAGGGAAAUUUAAUGGAGUCUAAAGAUAACAGGAUGAAGAAAACAUCGGAGGUCUUACUGAACAUGAGGAUUCUUAAACUUCAAGGAUGGGAGAUGAAGUUCCUUCGUAAGAUUCUUGACCUUAGACGCAUUGAAGCAGGAUGGCUUAAGAAAUUCGUGUAUAACUCGGCGGCUAUCAGCUCUGUUCUUUGGGCUGCACCUUCUUUCGUUUCCGCAACAGCUUUUGGCGCUUGUAUGCUUCUGAAGAUUCCUCUUGAAUCGGGAAAGAUAAUAGCUGCUCUUGCAACUUUUCGAAUUCUGCAAACUCCGAUAUACAAACUUCCUGAUACAAUCUCCAUGAUUGUUCAGACAAAGGUAUCUCUUGAUAGGAUUGCAUCUUUUCUUUGCCUUGAUGAUUUGCAGCAAGAUGGUGUGGAGACACUUCCUAGUGGAAGUUCAAAAAUGGUUGUGGAAGUCAGCGAUGGUGCUUUCUCUUGGGAUGACUCUUCUCCCAUCCCGACGCUGAGAGACAUAAGUUUCAAAAUCCCUCAUGGGAUGAACAUCGCUAUAUGUGGUACUGUUGGUUCGGGGAAAUCAAGCUUACUCUCGUCCAUACUGGGUGAAGUACCCAAAAUAUCUGGAAAUCUUAAGGUUUGUGGAAGAAAGGCAUACAUUGCACAGUCGCCUUGGAUCCAGAGUGGCAAGGUCGAAGAGAACAUUCUGUUUGGUAAGCCAAUGCAAAGAGAAUGGUACGAAAGGGUGCUUGAAGCGUGUUCUUUGAAUAAGGACUUGGAGGUACUUCCGUUCCGUGAUCAGACGGUUAUUGGAGAAAGGGGUAUCAAUCUAAGCGGUGGACAGAAGCAACGGAUACAGAUUGCACGUGCUCUUUACCAAGAUGCAGAUAUCUAUCUGUUUGAUGACCCUUUUAGUGCAGUAGACGCUCAUACUGGAUCACAUCUCUUCAAGGAAGUCCUGCUGGGGCUUCUGAGAAACAAGACAGUCAUAUAUGUCACUCAUCAACUUGAAUUCCUGCCUGAGGCUGAUCUUAUACUGGUCAUGAAAGAUGGGAGGAUCACGCAAGCGGGAAAGUACAAUGAAAUUCUUGAAUCAGGAACCGAUUUCAUGGAACUUGUAGGAGCUCACACUGAUGCCUUAGCAGCAGUUGAUUCAUAUGAAAAAGGAUCUGCUUCAGCACAAUCAACGACAAGCAAAGAAAGCAAAGUUUCCAACGAUGAAGAAAAACAAGAGGAAGAUUUGCCUAACCCGAAAGGACAACUAGUUCAAGAAGAAGAGAGGGAAAAAGGCAAAGUUGGGUUCAGUGUAUACCAAAAGUACAUGGCUCUGGCAUACGGAGGUGCACUUGUGCCUGUAAUAUUGGUUGUACAGAUUCUCUUUCAGGUUCUAAACAUUGGGAGCAACUAUUGGAUGGCUUGGGUUACUCCUGUUUCUAAGGAUAUGAAACCUCCAGUGAGUGGCUCAACAUUGAUUAUAGUUUAUGUAGUUCUAGCCACUGCGAGCUCCUUCUGUAUACUUGUCAGAGCAAUGCUGGCCGCCAUGACUGGUUUCAAGAUAGCUACUGAACUCUUCAAUCAAAUGCAUUUCCGCAUUUUUCGUGCCUCCAUGUCAUUCUUUGAUGCCACCCCAAUUGGCCGAAUUUUGAAUAGAGCUUCUACAGACCAAAGUGCCGUGGAUUUGAGAUUACCAAGUCAAUUUUCAAAUCUUGCUAUUACUGCUGUAAACAUUUUGGGGAUUAUUGGAGUGAUGGGACAGGUUGCUUGGCAGGUCCUUAUCGUCUUCAUCCCUGUCAUCAUUGCAUGCACCUGGUAUCGGCAAUAUUACAUAUCCGCGGCUCGGGAACUAGCAAGAUUAUCUGGAAUAAGCAGAUCGCCUCUGGUGCAGCAUUUUUCUGAAACACUUUCAGGGAUAACAACUAUCAGGAGCUUUGAUCAAGAACCAAGAUUUCGCAGUGACAUGAUGAGACUUAACGAUUGUUAUUCUCGGCUGAGGUUCCAUUCCAUUUCUGCAAUGGAGUGGCUCUGCUUCCGUCUUGAUCUCUUAUCCACUGUGGCAUUUGCACUUUCGCUUGUUAUCUUAGUUUCUGUGCCUGAAGGAGUCAUUAAUCCAAGCUUUGCAGGAUUGGCGGUUACAUAUGCACUCAAUCUAAAUAGCCUGCAAGCAACCUUAAUAUGGACGCUUUGUGAUCUCGAGAACAAAAUGAUAUCUGUGGAGAGAAUGCUUCAAUACAUAAACAUCCCCAGUGAACCACCUCUUGUGAUUGAAUCAACUCGGCCUGACAAAACGUGGCCAUCUCGUGGGGAGAUUACUAUCUGUAAUCUGCAAGUACGAUAUGGGCCACAUCUGCCAAUGGUGCUGCGUGGAUUGACAUGCACUUUUCCAGGAGGCCUGAAAACGGGGAUCGUUGGAAGAACAGGAUGUGGCAAAUCCACUCUAAUUCAAACUCUAUUUAGGAUUGUGGAACCUACAGCUGGAGAAAUCAGAAUUGACGGAAUAAACAUCUUGACCAUUGGGCUGCACGACUUGCGUUCCAGACUAAGUAUCAUACCUCAAGAACCAACCAUGUUUGAAGGCACGGUUCGUAGUAACUUGGACCCUCUGGAGGAAUACGCUGAUGACCAAAUCUGGGAGGCAUUGGACAAGUGUCAACUUGGGGAUGAAAUAAGGAAGAAAGAACUAAAGCUAGAUUCCACUGUAAGUGAGAAUGGACAGAACUGGAGUGUUGGUCAGAGACAACUGGUGUGCCUGGGACGAGUCUUGCUCAAGAGGAGCAAAGUAUUGGUUCUUGAUGAAGCCACUGCUUCUGUAGAUACAGCGACUGAUAAUCUGAUACAGGAGACACUGAGACAACAUUUCUGGGACUGUACAGUGAUAACAAUCGCACACAGAAUAUCAUCUGUUAUAGACAGUGAUAUGGUCCUGCUCCUAGACCAAGGGCUAAUAGAAGAACACGAUUCACCGGCGAGAUUGCUGGAAGCCAAGUCGUCGUCAUUCUCAAAGCUUGUGGCAGAUUGCGUUCACUGGCAUACAAAUGGUUGGGCUUUCUUAGAUCUUCUGUUGGCUGCCCUUACUUGGGGUACCAUCUCUAUUUACCUGUGUGGUCGAUACACUACGUCUCGUGAGCAAAAUUUACUAUUUUUGCUUAGAGUAUGGUGGGUUUUCUAUUUCGUGGUUUCUUGCUACCGUCUUGUGGUAGACUUCGUUCUAUACAAGAAGCAAGAAAUGGUUGUAAUUUCUGAUUUGGUGGGCGUCUGCGCUGGCUUGUUUCUCUGUUGUUCGUGCUUGUGGAAGAAAGGAGAAGGUGAAAGGAUCAACCCUCUCAAAGAACCACUCUUGACCAGAGCUGAAUCUAGUGAGAAUGAAGAGGCCACUGCACCUUUUUCAAAAGCUGGGAUUCUAAGCCUCAUGAGUUUCUCUUGGAUGAGUCCUUUGAUUACCUUAGGAAAUGAGAAAAUCAUAGACAGCAAGGAUGUUCCUCAAGUUGACCGUAGUGACAGAGCUGAGAGCCUAUUUUGGAUAUUUAGGAGUAAGCUUCAAUGGGACGAUGGUGAAAGAAGGAUCACCACAUUUAAGCUAAUCAAGGCUCUCUUCCUCUCAGUGUGGCGAGAUUUUGUUUUGUCAGCUCUGUUUGCUUUUGUCUACACGGUGUCUUGCUACGUUGCACCAUAUCUCAUGGAUAAUUUCGUUCAGUACCUGAACGGUAACAGACAAUAUAAAAACCAAGGUUAUGUGUUAGUAACAACUUUCUUAGUUGCUAAGCUUGUGGAAUGUCAAACUCGGAGGCAAUGGUUCUUUAGGGGGGAAAAAGCUGGGCUUGGGAUGAGAUCGGUCCUGGUUUCGAUGAUUUAUGAAAAGGGGUUGACCCUUCCAUGUCAUUCGAAGCAAGGACACACUAGUGGCGAGAUUAUAAACCUCAUGGCAGUAGAUGCUGACAGGAUUGGUGCUUUUAGUUGGUUUAUGCAUGAUCCAUGGAUACUUGUUUUACAAGUUAGUUUGGCCUUAUGGAUCUUGUACAAAAGCCUCGGAUUGGGAUCAAUUGCAGCUUUUCCUGCAACAAUUUUAGUUAUGCUGGCAAAUUAUCCCUUUGCAAAGUUGGAAGAGAAGUUUCAGAGCAGUUUGAUGAAGUCCAAAGACAACAGAAUGAAGAAAACAUCGGAGGUCUUACUGAACAUGAAGAUUCUCAAACUUCAGGGAUGGGAGAUGAAGUUUCUUUCUAAGAUUCUUGAACUUAGACAUAUCGAAGCAGGCUGGCUAAAACAAUUUGUGUACAAUUCGUCUGCUAUCAGCUCUGUUUUGUGGACUGCACCUUCUUUCAUAUCUGCAACAGCUUUUGGCGCAUGUUUAUUGCUGAAGAUUCCUCUUGAAUCAGGGAAGAUACUGGCGGCUCUCGCAACUUUCCGGAUUCUGCAAGGCCCAAUCUACAAACUUCCCGAAACAAUCUCGAUGAUUGUUCAAACUAAGGUAUCUCUUAACAGGAUUGCAUCUUUUCUCUGUCUAGAUGAUCUGCAGCAAGAUGUUGUGGGUAGGCUUCCUAGUGGAAGUUCAGAAGUGGCUGUGGAAAUCAGCAAUGGUACUUUCUCCUGGGACGACUCUUCCCCAAUCCCGACAUUGAGAGACAUGAAUUUCAAAGUCUCUCAGGGUAUGAAUGUAGCUAUUUGUGGUACUGUUGGCUCAGGGAAAUCAAGCUUACUCUCAUCCAUACUGGGUGAAGUUCCCAAAAUAUCUGGAAAUCUUAAAGUUUGUGGAAGAAAGGCAUACAUUGCACAAUCACCUUGGAUCCAAAGCGGCAAAGUCGAAGAGAACAUUCUGUUUGGUAAGCCAAUGGAAAGAGAGUGGUACGAGAGGGUGCUUGAAGCAUGUUCUUUAAAGAAAGACUUGGAGAUACUUCCGUUCCAUGACCAGACAGUUAUUGGGGAAAGAGGUAUCAACUUAAGCGGUGGGCAAAAGCAGCGUAUACAAAUUGCCCGUGCUCUCUACCAAAACGCAGAUAUUUAUCUGUUUGAUGACCCUUUUAGUGCAGUAGACGCUCAUACUGGAUCACAUCUCUUUAAGGAAGUUCUGCUGGGGCUUCUGAGACACAAGACAGUCAUAUAUGUCACUCAUCAAGUUGAAUUCUUGCCUGAAGCUGAUCUUAUACUGGUCAUGAAAGAUGGCAAGAUAACACAAGCGGGGAAAUACAAUGAGAUUCUCGAUUCAGGAACAGAUUUCAUGGAACUUGUAGGAGCUCACACUGAAGCCUUAGCAACAAUUGAUUCAUAUGAAACAGGCUAUGCUUCUGAAAAAUCAACUACGAAUACAGAAAACGAAGUACUACAUCAUAAAGAAAAACAAGAGAAUGAUUCGGAUAACAAGCCAAGCGGACAACUAGUUCAAGAAGAGGAAAGGGAGAAGGGAAAAGUUGGGUUCACUGUGUACAAAAAAUACAUGGCAUUAGCAUACGGAGGAGCAGUUAUUCCUUUAAUAUUGGUGGUACAGGUUCUCUUUCAGCUUCUAAGCAUUGGGAGCAACUAUUGGAUGACUUGGGUGACUCCUGUUUCCAAGGACGUGGAACCUCCAGUGAGCGGCUUCACAUUGAUUCUAGUCUAUGUAGUUCUAGCGAUCGCAAGCUCCUUCUGCAUACUCAUCAGAGCUUUGCUGGUUGCAAUGACUGGUUUCAAGAUUGCUACUGAACUCUUCACCCAAAUGCAUCUCCGCAUUUUCCGUGCCUCCAUGUCAUUCUUUGAUGCCACCCCAAUGGGGAGAAUUUUGAAUAGAGCUUCUACAGACCAAAGUGUCGCAGAUUUGAGAUUACCCGGUCAAUUUGCAUAUGUUGCUAUCGCAGCUAUUAACAUUUUGGGGAUUAUGGGAGUGAUGGUACAGGUCGCUUGGCAGGUCCUUAUUAUCUUCAUCCCUGUCGUCGCUGCAUGUGCCUGGUAUCGGCAAUAUUACAUAUCUGCGGCUCGAGAACUUGCAAGAUUAGCUGGAAUAAGCAGGUCUCCUAUGGUACAUCAUUUUUCUGAAACACUUUCAGGGAUAACAACUAUCAGGAGUUUUGAUCAAGAACCAAGAUUCCGUGGUGACAUCAUGAGACUUAGUGAUUGUUAUUCACGGCUGAGGUUCCAUUCGACCGGUGCAAUGGAAUGGCUCUGCUUCCGCCUUGAACUUUUAUCCACUUUCGCAUUCGCUUGUUCACUUGUUAUCUUAGUUUCUGUCCCUGAGGGAGUCAUUAAUCCAAGCUUUGCAGGACUGGCCAUUACAUAUGCACUCAGUCUAAAUACUCUGCAAUCCACUUUGAUAUGGACGCUUUGCGAUCUCGAGAACAAAAUGAUAUCUGUGGAGAGAAUGCUUCAAUACAUAAACAUCCCCAGUGAACCACCUCUUGUGAUUGAAUCAACUCGGCCUGAGAAAUCAUGGCCUUCUCGGGGAGAGAUUACUAUAUGUAAUCUGCAAGUACGAUAUGGGCCACAUUUGCCCAUGGUGCUGCAUGGACUGACAUGCACUUUUCCAGGAGGCCUGAAAACGGGAAUCGUUGGAAGAACAGGAUGUGGCAAAUCCACUCUAAUUCAAACCCUUUUUAGGAUUGUGGAACCUGCAGCGGGAGAAAUCAGGAUAGAUGGGAUAAACAUCUUGACCAUUGGGCUGCAUGACCUGCGUUCCAGACUAAGUAUCAUACCUCAAGAUCCAACCAUGUUUGAAGGCACGGUUCGUAGUAACUUGGACCCUCUUGAGGAAUACACUGAUGACCAAAUCUGGGAGGCACUCGACAAUUGUCAACUUGGGGAUGAAGUAAGGAAGAAAGAACUAAAGCUGGAUUCCCCUGUUAGUGAGAAUGGACAGAACUGGAGUGUUGGUCAGAGACAACUGGUAUGCUUGGGACGAGUCUUGCUCAAGAGAAGCAAACUAUUGGUUCUUGAUGAAGCCACUGCUUCUAUCGAUACCGCUACUGAUAAUCUGAUCCAGGAGACUCUGAGGCACCACUUUGCGGAUUGCACAGUGAUAACAAUCGCACACAGAAUAUCAUCUGUUAUAGACAGCGAUAUGGUCCUGCUCCUAGACCAAGGUCUUAUCAAAGAACAUGAUUCACCGGCGAGAUUGCUAGAAGACAGGUCGUCAUUAUUCUCAAAGCUUGUGGCGGAGUACACAACGAGUUCUGAAUCCAAAUCCAGAAGAAGCUGAUAGAAUCAAAGAUCCAUAAAAAUGGGACCAAACAAGUUUGUUUAUCGUCUUGCCUUUGUCGUGUUUCUAUGUAAUUUGUGAUCAGACCUUUGUGCUUGACAUUUUGAGAUGAUGAAACUUCCAUGAAAGUGGCAUAAUUGAAGUGGCAAAAAUAAAGUAUGGACAAAGAC